AGAUUAGAAGAAAAAGAACAAGAUAUGAAACAAGAGUACACAAAAUUACAUGAACGAUAUACAGAAUUAUUUAAAACACACAUGGAUCACAUAGAGCGUACAAAAAUUUUAAUGGGUUCCGGUGAUCGAAUGGAUAAUCCUAGAAGUAUACGUAUGCCUUUUAUGAGCAUGGCACAUAUGAAUCGAUCUUCUGGACCAGUUUCAUUUGGGUUUAGUUCCCUUGAGAGUCCUUCUACCCUAAAGUCUAUUGAUGGAUCCAAUGAAUAUCCAUUAGUUAUAUCUAAUUCUCCACCAGGAAGUAUGCAUUCCAAUUCUAGUCUGAAAAAUGAAUUACAAAACCAAGAACUUGAAACUUCUGAGGCAGAAUCACGUUUACGUGUUGAUCAAAUAUCUGAAAGAGGUUGGUCUGAAACUUUAAAUUCWAUAAGUAAAGCUGAUGACAGCAGCCCUGAUGAAGUCCCAGAAAUAGUAGAAGAAAUAGAAGCGACUCCCAAAAAUUCAGUCAUGUCACUUAGUGGACGUAGUCAUACACAAAGAGAACAGAGACCUGCCACUAAUGUUUUAUAUCAAGAAUUCAGCUUCCAAGACCAUGAGGUGCAAAUUGACUCAGAAGAAGUACCAGAAAUUACUGGAAAUUGGGUACAUCCUGGAGAUUAUGCUUCAUCUGUCAGCAGUGAGACUGAACCAGAAACUUCACUCUUGAUAGUUAAUGAUAACUUUUUCGGUAUGGGAAAGGAAGUUGAAAAUCUCAUUAAAGAAAAUACUGAACUAUUGGCCACGAAAAAUGCUCUCAAUAUUGUUAAAGAUGAUCUUAUUAUUAAAGUUGAUGAACUUAAAAACGAAAUAGCUAAUGAAGAUCUAGAUAAAAUGUCAAGUGUCUUACCUACUGUCUGGUUAGGAUUUGAAAAUGGUUGUAUAUUUGUACAUUCUGCUAAAUCCCAGUGGAAGCGGUGUUUACACUCAGUAAAAUUAAAAGAUGCUGUGUUGAGUAUUAUUUAUGUUGAUGGUCGUGUUUUAUGUGCUUUGGCUAACGGAACAGUAGUUGUAUUUCGRCGUGAUGAUGAUGGUCGAUGGGACUUAAGCAAAUAUUAUAGCGUGACAUUAGGGCCUCCUCAAAAUGCAGCUCGAUGCCUAGUAUCUGUUAACAGCAAACGUGUUUGGUGUGGUUAUAAAAAUAAAGUGCAUAUUAUUCAUCCACGUUCAUUAGUUGUUAUUCAUACAAUAGAAGCACAUCCUCAUAAAGAAAGUAAAGUUCGCACCAUGGUUUGGGUAGGAGAUGGAGUUUGGGUAUCAAUUCGGCUUGACUCAACAAUAAGACUUUAUCAUGCAUAUAAUUAUAACCAUUUACAAGAUGUUGAUGUACAACCAUUUAUUAUCAAAAUGCUAGGAUCUGAUAAACCACAACUAUCGUGUAUUAGGAUUACAGCAAUGUUAGUUGCUUCUAACAGGCUAUGGAUUGGCACUGGAAUUGGUGUAGUUAUAUCAGUCCCACUUUUAGAUAAAGGUUUAUUAGGUUUUCCAAUUAAUAAAGAAGUAAAAGUAUAUUCAGAACCAAAAACUCAAGAGAUAACACCAAGUAGUUUCAUACCAUAUUGCUCAAUGGCCCACGCUCAACUGUCUGUACAUGGGUUUAGAGAUUCAGUAAAGUUUUUUGUUUCUGUACCAGGAUCUGGAGGUUUUUCAGCAGCGUCUUCUAUUCAACAAGACGAUCCAAUUGUUGAAAGUGUACCUGAUGCUGAACAUUUGACAUCCACUUUGAUUAUUGCUGGUGGUGAAGGUUAUAUAGAUUUUAGAUCUGAUGAACAAGGAGAUGGUGACUACUUUGAGCGGACAGAAAAAAAUCAAUUAUUUAUCUGGGGAGUUCAUGCAGAAGCUAAAAGCAAAGCAAGAUUAAAUGCAGAUUUACUAAAUAGUACAAUUUAGUAAGAUAGGAUUUUUUUCUUAUAUUUUGUUCAUAUAAAGUGCCAUUUCUCAAUAUGAUAUAUUUAAUGUUUUAAACUGAAUUGAAUCGAACCCUAUACCUGAUUCUUCCUGUAUAUCAUUUUAUUACUAACUAUUGCUUUUGUUACCUUAUUUAUUAUCCCUAUCUGUUAUAUUAUUAUUUACAUUAUGUUAUAUUGUGCUGUGAUUUAUAACUCAUUUAGUACAUUUCUGAGGU